AUGCUUAAAUUAAAAGGGAAAGCAUUAUUCGCGGCAUCAACAUCAUUAGCGGCUACAGGUUUUUUACUCUUUGGUUACGAUCAGGGCGUUAUGUCAGGCAUUGUUCCAAAUAAACACUUUUUAAAACUAAUGGGGGAUCCAAGCUCUGCAGUUGUGGGUGCAAUGGUCGCUAUUUAUGAGAUUGGAUGUAUGUUUGGUGCAUUAGCUACGGGAAAAGUGAGUGAUAAGAUCGGUCGAAGGAAUACAAUUCGAGUAGGUUCACUUAUUCUUAUUAUUGGUGCCAUUAUUCAGACAGCAACACAAAACCUGACUAUGACUAUUGUCUCACGUGUUAUAUCUGGAGUCGGUAAUGGAAUGAAUACUGCGACUGUCCCUGUCUAUCAAUCUGAAAUAUCUCCACCCAAAUCUCGUGGUGCUCAUGUCUGUUUUGAGUGUGCUUUACUUGUUCUCGGUAUUGGCACUGCAUACUGGUUAGAAUUUGGUCUUCAUUUCGUAGGUGGUGAAUUUUCUUGGAGAUUCCCAUUGGCCUUUCAAAAUUUUUUCGCAAUCAUUCUUAUUGCCGGUACCUUUGUCUUGCCAGAAACCCCAAGAUGGCUUGUAGCUCAUGGAAGAGAUGAAGAAGCAAAAGAUAUUCUAGCUCGACUUUGGACAGAUGGUGAUAUUCAUCAUCCACGUUGUAUCUCUGAAUAUCAAGAAAUUAAAGAUAGUGUUGAACUAGAACGUCGUGAAAAUAUAUCCUCCUAUAAAGAUCUUUUUCAAAAGGGAAAGUUUAAUAAUCGUAAAAGAGUAUUAAUUGGUAUGCUUAGUCAAAUUAUUCAACAGCUUGGUGGUAUCAACGUAACUACUUAUUAUCUUACAGAUGUAAUGCUUCAAGCAGGUAUGAAUUAUACAAUGGCCAUGUUAAUGGCAGCUGUAGAUUCUGUCAUCUAUUUUAUUGGAGCCAUGGUCCCUGUUUACCUUGUUGAAAGAAUUGGAAGAAGAAAAAUUAUGUUAUGGGGACUUUUAGCACAAACAAUUACUCUUGUAUGCAUUGCUGGAUGUCAAAAAGCGAAUACAGAUAGACAUACAACUGCGGCUGCUAAUGGUGCUGUUGCAUUUACUAUGCUUUAUAAUUUUGUAUUUGGUGCUAGUUGGUUAAGUAUGUCAUGGCUUUAUCCUGCAGAAAUCUUCUCUACUGCUUUAAGAGCAAAAGGAAAUUCUUUAUCUACGGCAGCCAACUGGCUUGGUAACUUUAUCGUAGCCAUGAUUACACCCGUUAUGUUUGAAUACAUUACAUUUUGGACUUAUAUUCUCUUCGCCUUUAUGAAUCUUAUAUUUUUCCCUAUGGUCUAUCUCUGGUUCCCCGAAACUAAAGGACUUUCAUUAGAACAAGUUGAAACUCUAUUUGCUGUAGAUGGUGUUCAAGAAGAUAUAAAAUCUGUUACUUCAGAGCAUUCUUAUCAUAAUUAUGCUGAUGAAGAAAAGAAAAAGGAUGUUGGAAAAAUUGAACAAAAUUAA